AUGUCUCCCUUCUUACCUUUUCUACAAUGUGAAAGAAGACCAUUAGAUGUGAUAUUUUUGGUAGACGUUAACGACUUCAACAACACCAUGGACUUCAAUAAACAACAGAGCAGAAUUAAUGAUGCUAUCAGGUAUUUAGCAAACAUAUCAAUAGAACGUAAUAUCUCAUACGGUGUUAUAGAAUUCCAUCAAAGUCCUGUCAUUUUACUUCCCAUUACAUCGACGUUUGCUUCUCAAUAUGGAAAGGUAGUGGAUUAUACCAAAACAUUGGAAUCUCAUAACAAAUUUGGCAGUUCACCAGCUCGAGCACUUGAAUUAGCUGCACAGCAGUUUAUCGAUACCGGUCGUGUUAAUUCCAAUAAAUUGGUUAUUCUGGCUCAUAAUGGUGUUUCAAUGGAUUUGAUAGCCGAAACACUGGAAGCUAGGAAUAGAUUAAAACUCAUUGGUGCGAAGUUAUUCGCUAUCACGUCAAUAACGAGACCGAAUCUUCCGGCUCUUAUAGGCUACACUACAAAUCGUCAAUAUGUAUAUGCAACAGAAUCUGAUCGUAAUGUCUUUUAUGAGGAAAUCAAAAGAGCGGCUGAUCAAUGUUCGCAUGUUUCUGAAUCAUUCGAUGAAAAUAUUGAUGCUGAGGCGACAACUUCACAAACUGCAAUAGAAUUUGGAAUUCGAACAUAUGAAGCAAAAGAAACGCAAUUAAAAGAUAAACUGAAAAGAGUAUGCAAGGCUAACAAGGUGGAUCUGAUGAUCGUUUUGGAUUCAAGUAGUUCAGUUUUUAAUGCUUUCGAGGAUGAACGUAAAUUAGUACAUGAUUUAAUUGAUUCAUUGUUACCAGCGGCAAUGGAAGAUGGACGUAUUCAGGUAUCUAUGGUGCAUUUUGCAUCUUCAGCUGAAGUAGUAAUACCUUCUAAAAUAGGUCAAACUCCUGAUGAAAUUAUGGCAAAAUUGGAUAAAAUUCAGUUCAUCGGUGGCGGUACAAGAAUAGCAAAUGCUGUUGAUAUAGCUCUAGCAGAUUUAUCACGUUGGCGAAGAAAUGAUGCAAUUCAAAUAUUUAUUUUAAUAUCGGAUGGAAAUGGUCAAGAAUUUUGGCAUGCAGCGCAAAUAACUGGUAAAAAAUUGCAAAGCGCAAAUGUCGAAGUAUUUGCUGUACCGAUUAGUCAAGAUUAUGACUUAAACGAGCUAACACUUUAUACAGGUGAUACGAGACGAAUAUAUGUUGGAGCAGAACAAAAUCGAUUUGUUAAUACGAUUUCUUCUCUAAUUAAUAAAUGUGUACAAGAGAAGUUAUCGCAAGAUAUUCGUUCGCUAACAAAUAAUAAACAGAGUAUGAAAUUGGAGAAAAACCAGAAAAGUAAACUAAUCAUAAAUGAAACUAUCGAAAAGAGACAAAUUGAGGAGGACAUUACCGCCAAAAUCUCUCCACAAAUUGAUUAUUUCGAUCUUCUUUUCGUUAUCGAUCUCUCUCCAGAUUUGUUUAUUGAUUUGAAAAAUCAGUUAAAAUUAAUGAAGGAAUUCAUUAAUAAAGUGACUGAUAAAGAUAUCAAUGAAGGACGAAUUCGAAUAGCUGUUGUAACUUUCACUGAAGAAGCACGAUUAAAUUUAGAAUGGGGCAGAGCAACAACCAAAGCGCAAAUUUUACAACACUUCAAUUCAAUCAAAUAUAUAACCAGUAAUAAUUCUUCUGCAGUGACUGGAAUUACAUUUGCAACUCAGUAUGCUCAAAAAUUUCGACGGCCAAAUGCUCGACUAAUAAUUAUUCUGGUCUCCGAUGGUAGUACUCAAGAUUUGCAACAUUCUAUUAUGCAAGCUGCCAAAAAGUUAGAUGAAUUGCAAGAAACAAUUGUCUAUGCAAUAACGACUAGUAAACAGUAUAAAUUCAAUAUACUGGAAGCUUUUACAAAAGAUAGAUGGAAAAUCUACGUAGAUGGACGUACCGGACGAUUCGUUACAGAUGCAAGCAAUGAGUUGUUAAAGAAAGAGACCAAUGAAAACGAUAAAUCUAUCGAUAUCAUAUUUUCUCCAAUCAUCGAAUCAAUUCAGAUUCACAACGAUCCUGUUGACUUCAUCAUUUUGAUGGAUAAAUCAACAGCAAAAGAUGAUGAUUUCGAAGCUUCGAAAAGAUUUCUGGAAGAGUUAAUCAGGAGCUUACAAAUCAUUGAUUCCGAUUCACGAAUCCGAAUGUCGCUUAUAACAUUCACCGAUAUUGCUCACAUUGAAAUCGAUCUGAGAAAGUCAGCAACAAAAGAAGAUGUUUUGUAUGCUGUGGAAAAACUGCAAAAUGAACACAGCAAUGCAUCUGUAUCUGAAGCGGUGAAUAUUGCAUUACGACAAGUAAGGGUUCCUGGUGAAGAACCUCGGAAGCGUAUUUUUGUGAUUCUCACAGAUGGCAGUAUACAAGAUUCCGUGCAAACUGCUGCUAUUACUGCUGCUAAACUUCAUCAAAUAGGAGCAGAAGUGUAUAUCAUACCGAUCACAGACAACUAUUUGAUGGAUGAACUUUUGCUAUAUGCUGGUGAUCAGAGUAAAUUUAUAACAAAUAUCAAACGUUACAAGAAGAAAUUUGCAAAUUACGUGCUUUUGGAUGAUAGCAGUUCAGUGAAAGAAGAUUUUGUAGUAGAAGCGAAAACGGAUCAAUCUUUUGGUAAAGAAGUUGAGACAUUUUUCCAUGACCAAUCUCACGUAGCAAGCAAACCAGUUUUGACGGUGAAAUCAAUUACGGAAAAUGAAACGUUCCUUGACUUCGAUCGCCCUUCUACGGAGAUUAAUUUGAAGGAUCAAAACGAAGAUCCAAAUUGUCUAGUCGAUCUUAUAUUUAUUAUGGAUACAUCGCAAAGCGUUGAAAAUACCUUCCAAAAACAGUUGCACUUUGCUACUACACUGAUAAAACAAAUUCCACCAUCAGCUUUUGAUUAUCGAAUUCGAGUUGCUGCUGUAUCAUUCAGCUCACAAGCUAUGAUCAAUUUUCAAUUUAAUGAAUUUAACAAUCAGACAGAGAUAUUAAACGCUCUACGUUCCCUCACACAUACUGGUGGAAAUACAUCUUCAGUAAGUGGUAUUAAUUUGGCUAUCAAAGAAAUUUAUAAAAGAGGAAGAGAAGGUGUCAGAAGAAUGGUUGUGCUCAUAUCGGAUGGUCACAGUCAGGAUCGUUGGGAGGAUAUUUUAGAUGCUGCCGAUCGUCUUCGUGCUACUAAUGCUAUUGUUUAUGCAAUUAGUGCUAAUCACGAUUACUAUUUCAGGGAAUUGGAAUUGUACACAGCAAGUAAAUGGCUGGUAUAUGCGAAUGCUCGGGAAGAACAAUUCAUGGACGAUGCUACAGUAUCAUUGCUGAAAUGCCAAAAUCCAUCUGCGCCAAUUGCCUCGCUACCUUCAGAAGCGGAACUUGCAACAGUGUUAUCAAAUUCUGAGAAGAAAAAGUUGAUAGGAGAAAAAGAAUUGAUAAGACGGGAAUCUUCAGCAACAUCAAUGAGUGAACUCCCAUGCAAAGAUGAUUAUGUGGACUUAUUAUUUAUAAUCGAUACUUCCGCCAGCAUUGAAACUUACUUCAAUAGUCAAAAGGCACUUGCAAUGGAUCUGAUUGGAAUGAUUCCGCCGGAAGAUUUUUCGAAUCGAUUAGCAGUAGCAAUGGUAAAGUUCAGUGAUACGGGAAAAGUGCAUUUCGGAUUUGAAAAAAAGCAAACACCAGAGGAUAUACUGUAUGAGCUGGAACGGUUAGAACAAACUGGAAGUGGAACUUCUUCAUUAGUUGCAGGUGUACAAGCAGCGCUGCUCGAAAUAGCUUCAAAUCGACGAUCUUCAGCUCGAUUGGUUAUCGUUAUCUUUUCCAACGGUAACAAUCAAGAUAUCCAACAACUUACGCAGAGUACAGCUUUGAAUUUGCGCAAAGCAGAUGGAGAAAUUUAUGCGAUGGCUCCAUACGAGACGGAUGAAUUGACAGAAUACACAGGAAGUGUAGCACAUGUAUACUAUGGUGAUAGAGUGGAUAAUUUCACUGAGGAUAUUAGUAAUGUGAUCUUGAAUUGUAAAAGGACAACAGAAAAUCAUGCAUUUGUGGAAGGGAUAGAUCGCAAUUCCCUGAUAGAAAGGAUUCUCCAAGAAGAAAUCAAGCAAAAAAAUAGUAGUGAUGAGAAGAAAGAGAAUCAUUUGGAUGGAAGACAAGAAUUCAUUACGCCGAAUAAUUCUGAUAAUAGCACUUUAGCUACGGAUGAGGAAUUUGUGGAACAGACACGUAUCGUAAAAUCAUUAGAAUCAAAAAUAUGUAAAUAUUCGAAGAUGGACUUAGAAAUAAUUUUGGAUGCAUCAACCAGUCGUCAGCAAGUUUUUGAACAUCAACGUGAGUUGGCUCUAUCACUUAUUGAACGUUUACCAAUUGAUGCUGACAAAACACAUGUCGCAGUUGGUAUAAAUUCAUUCACUUCGAUACCAACAUUACGACAAACACUGGGGUUAGGUAGAGAUAAACAGAUGGUGCGCCAUGCUAUUGAAGAUAUCAAAUACAACGGUGGAAGUACUUUUACUGCUCAAGCGGUAGAAUUAUCGGUACAGGAUUUGAAGCGCGGAAGAAGACCGGAUGCCAUACAAGUUGUUGUAUUGAUGAAUGAUGGGAUGUCGCAGGAUCCGUGGGAGAAAGUAAUUGAAGCAAGCCAGCUUCUUAAAGCUACUGGUGCAGAAUUAUUCGGUGUAGCUCUUGGAGAGAAUAUUGAUUUGCGCGAACUUAAACAUUAUAUUGGUAAUACAGAUCGCAUUUACAGGGACAAUUCCACCGAAAGCUUCUUAACCGAUGUUGUCUCAUUGCUUACCGAUGAAAAGGAAUGUAAUAUACCAGCUGCUGCAAGUUUGGAAAAUGCAAAAACAUCAUCGAGUAAUUUCAACAAUCAAAUCUGUAGCACUCCUAAUUUGGAUAUCAUUAUCCUCUUUGAUAAUGCCAUUAAAAGAGACAAUCUAAGUGAACAAUCCAUCUCAUCCAAUCGUUAUCUUUUAUUAGAUGUGCUCGGUUCACUACCAGUAACAAAACAUAGUGGUCGAGUGACAAUCACUGUGAUAACAUUCAACAGUGAACCAGAAUUAGUUAUUAGUAUGGAUGAUCUGAAGAAUAGGGAUAGUAUUUUCACCAAAGUAGAAUCGAUAAGGCCUAAAACUAGCAAAUCAUCCUAUGCUAAAGCUAUCAAUUUUGCUAUUCAAGAGUACAACAAAGGAUAUAGAGAGGAUGCACGUGGUAUGCUUGUUAUUGUGGGUGAUGGACGAUCGGAUGAUAACGCAGAUGAACUUAACAAUGCCGUCGAUCAUUUGCGUACCGCGAAAAGUCUUAGCAAAUAUGCAGUGGACAGUGGUAAAUUGAUGGAUGUGGACACAUUAUCGAAGUAUACAGGCUCCUCAAAUAAUAUCUUUAAUUAUGAUCGCAAUGCUGAAUUCGCCAAACUUAUACUUGAUGCUGCUGAUGUUGCUAAUAAGGCCCGAUGUACACGGAUGUCACCGCAUAUUGCUCCAUUUUCUACAGUAACUAGUGCUACUACCAUCCGUAGCACUUCUGCAAGCAGCAAACGGGGCGAACAACGAAGAAAAGAUAUUCUUAGCAAAGUGAAGAGCAAUUUGAAACAAUUGGAGAAUGAAAAAACUAUUAGUGAGAAAGAAACGACUACUACUGUGAUAAAUACUCGAACUUCACGACCAACAAUAAAAGCUAUAAACAAGGAGAUUACAAAGCAACAGUUCGCUUUAUCGAAAGGAGAGAAAAAGAAUGGAACAUUAUUAGAUGGCAAAAAUUUGAAGGAAGAACAACUGAAAGGAACAUCAAAAAGUUCCAGAUCACGAACUACUCAAACAAUCCCAAAUUCCACUUUCCAUCGUCAACUUAAAAAUACCACUCUUGCUCCACAAACUACCACUAUUUUCACACCUGGUUGUGAAAUUGAUGCUAUUAUGCUCAUUGAUUCGUCUGGCUCUGUGGAGAAAAUAUUCAAUCGUGAAAAGGAACUUGCUGCAGAAUUAAUAAAUCGACUUCGGAUAGGUCCAGAUAAUGCACGUAUAGCGAUUAUUAAAUUCGCAGCAAAAGAGAAAGUAAAAACAAUCUGGUCAUUUAAUAAACCGCAAGAGAAACAAAAAGUGUUACAAGCGCUUCAGGAAAUUCCGUUUAGUAGUGGAACUACAGCUAUACAUGCCGCACUCUUACAGGCAAUAGCAGAAUAUUCAUCAACGAAAGGUGCAAGACCACAACAAGCAACACCUUUUGUGAUUAUAUUUACUGAUGGUUUUGGACAAAAAGAUACUACGGAAGCAGCUACUUCAUUAAGGAAUCUAAUACCUAAUAUAUUCGCUGUUACUGUUAGUAGCCAGCAUCCAGCCAGUGAAGAAGAACUAAUAAAAAUCGCUGGUUCGAAAGAUCGAGUAUUUAUGGAUAGUGAUGUUAAAAAGUUGUUUGAGAUGCUAGAAAAGAUCAUUAGGAGAUGUUGA